CAGGAGCGGAGGGUUAACGAUAUAAUUAGACUGCGCUAACUAGCUACAAAGCCCUCAAUGAUGGUCUAGAGGGCGCUUACAGUCACAAGUGGAGAAUUUGCCUCUUAGUUUUUUGUCCUCUCUUAACAAGGCUGAGAGCGUUAUAUGGGGCAGGGCUGAAAGCUAGCAUAUGAUAUGAUGCUCUGGAGAGAGGAGGAGAACCACAAACUUGUGUGUUUUUCUAAAGUCAAGGAUUCAACGUCAAGAGGAAAAAGCAAACAAGUUGGAAUCGCGGCAAGAAGAGGGGAAACUGCAGCACUAAAGCCACGUAAAUACAAAUAAAUAUGCUUGUGUCACAUUUUCAUCUCCUUCCUCCCCCGUUCCAGUGGCAUCAAUAAUUGGGAUUUGUCCUCCCUUCGAAAACGAUGACUUCCCUGAAGUUGACAAGCCCGAGAAUUCAUUAUUAUUGAGCAAGGCUGCGGUUCUCACGGUUGAGGGGAAACGGAGAAAGAGAGAAUGUGAUCAGACCAAUCAUGCCUUGCCCGAGCUACGACAGCAAGCGUCGGACCCUUGCAAGCGGGAUGUAUUAUGUUUGGCUGCUUUAUGCAUGAGCAUUUGCCGGUGCCGUUGUUCACCGGCCCAAUAGACGCUGUGACAGCUACGACAAUUGUUGGUUGUUUAAACGAAACAUAACGACGUGGGUGCAGAUCUUAAAGGAGUCGAUGUUGAUCAAAUCAAUCGAUCAAAUCACUCAAUUUUCGCCCUGGAGAGGAAAUGCCAACGAUGGUGAGAAAAUAUGUCCCCCAUCAUCAAAGAGACAGAGUACUUGAAGCGUGAUUUCUUCUUCGGUUAUUCUAUAUGAAAACAGCGAUGGGGAUUUCUUCAAAGCUCUCGAACAAAGGAACCCCGUUUCUCACCGCCCAGGACCCCUACUAGCUGGCCAGCCACUGGGUGGAGUUGGGAGCGAGAGAAAAAUCCCAUAGAACUGAAUACGACAAAUCACGGAAUGCAUACAGAAGAAAAAUGUUACCCUGGUACGCCGUAGCUCAUCCGGAGUUACUUCUCCCGCUCUAAGUUAUGAUUCAGGGACAACAAAAAUGAUCAGAAAAGGAAAGGCGCCCGGCUAAGAAGCCAGGGACAAGAAUGCACUGCAUUGAUAUCUAGCGCAAAUAAUGGGAUGAUCAAGCCCAUUCCAGCGCAGAGCCAACAACGACGCAUCCAAUAAAGCUCAACAACGGACCAACAUCCAGACUCAGCAGUGCAACCCCUCUCUGCUCUCUUCCUGUUACUAUUUUUGUCCCAGCGUUCUUCAUUCUUUCCUCCCCCCGUUGUUACUUUUCAUCUUUUUUCUAUGUUACUGGUAACUUCAUGGUUGUGCCUGGUUGACUUGCAAGUUUGAUUCACUGAAUCUCAGUUUUACUAUCGUCGCUGCGGCCAUUAUAUUAUAUAUAUAUAUAUAUAUAUAUAUCAAAAAUCCCAAGCAGUCAGGAAUAAUAAAAUACCGAGCAUCAUGAGCGAAUCACCGACUCCAACCGCUGGGUUGGGGGCCCCAAUCCAACGGCCACCAACAGCAGAGACAGAAUCCUCAUCAACGACGACAUCUUCAUCAUCAACAAGGACAGGCCGAGCAACCCAUACUUUCUCAGUUGCGCCAAAGCAAAGUCCACACGGGUACGUGCCCCAUAGCGUUGAGGCAAACGUAGGCGAUGAAAUUGUGUUCGAGUUCUAUCCGACCAACCAUUCGGUGGUGAGGGCGGAUUUUGACGCCCCGUGUGUGCCGGCAAACCAUGAUGUAUUCUUUUCAGGGCAUUUCAAAAUAACGAGCUAUACAAAACCCGAAAUAUGGACCUGGACAGUCGAUACUGAGGAGCCGAUUUUCUUCUAUUGUAGUGGGAUCGGUUCAUGCAUGACGAACGGAAUGGUUGGUGCGAUUAACCCGAAUGAAACUAUGACCUGGGAAAAGCAACACAACAAAGCCAAGCGGGCGCCCUUCCAACUGGAACCAGGGGAGCAUCCACCACCUGAAGGCGGAGAACCAGGAUCUUCCCCAAACCCACCCCAAGAUAGUUCCUCCCACCGCUCCCUGAGCGGCGGCGCCAUUGCUGGCAUCGUCGUCGGUGCCGUAGUCGGACUCGCCAUCCUCGGUGCCCUCUUCUACCUCCUAGGCCGCCUGGAAAUCUACCGCAAAUGGCGGCAGUCUGAAGACGGUACCAGCGUCGACCGCACACGGCGAUGGGCGUUAUCGUCUGGCGGUGGGCUUGGGGGUUGGUCGUCGGGCGCAAAGAGCGAGGCCGGCGGUGUGCCGCCGAGUGAGAUGGGAGGAACUGUCGUGAGUUCGCAGGGGGGCCAUAUGAGCUAUAUCAGUGCGGAGAAUACGCCGCUUAACAAGCAUUUAAGCACUGGGUUUAGUCCCUCUUCCUCCCCACCACCGUGGGGCUGGGAUAAGCAAGGUGGUGGGAAUAUUAAUGGCGUGAUGGAGUCGAAUAAUAAGCCGGCGGGUAUUCCGGAAAACGCACCGCAGGAACUGAGCGGUGAGGGAGCGGGCAACCUUGUAGAGCUGGAUGCUGGUCCUUGCUAUCCGCCUCCGUGCGUGUCUCCGAUUACGAAUGCGACGCAGUAGUGAGGGCGACAGUUUAGAUUUGACGGAGGGAAUAAUUAAGUGGCGGGGUGGGUUUUGAUUUCAUUUUUCGUUUUCCCUUACUUUGACUGACGUCUGAUACGUUGUUUUUCCCUGGGUAACAAAGCUCAGGGGAAUUUGAUGAUUUUGAUCAAUCAAAUUCUUCGUUUUUCGGGUUGCCUUUGGUGCUCUAUUUUGCUAUUUUCUUGAUUCCCUUCAAUCCACUUUUGUCAGCUGUAGUUUACGAUUGGAUGAACUGGAUAAUGAAAGUCAGACGGAAAUAUACAUAACUCUGUACAUAAUUUUUACUUUUAGUAAUAUGCAUGGCCCUUUUUGCCGUUGGGAGACGGCUUUCGAGAUCCUGCAUCCUGGUGUUCAUCCUGGGUUCGCUGUGACGAGAAAUAUGCGGCAUAGGCUGAGUCCACCAUUGCUUUCGCAUUGUUUUGGUCUGACACCGCGUCUUUGAAAUCGUUCCAAUGUAGCACUUGAGUGUUUUUGAAUUCUAACCCUGCAAUGUUGGUCCAUCCACUGCCAUUUCAGUAUAUCCAUCUGAGGUCUGUUCGACAUCCACCG